AUGGCCAGGAUGACAAAAGAGUGAAGUGUAGAUGGGUGGUCCCCCCUCACACAACACACAUGUGAUGAGAUGAUACCUUGCCCCAUGCAUGGGUUCCUGACGUGACUCAGUCGUUGUAUAUUAAAUCACGCAAAUCUAAAAUUUAUAAAACUAGAAAAUACAAAUUUUUGGAUAUUUAGAAGUAUUUCUGAAUAAAUAUAUCAAUUAUAAUUCAAUAAAACUUCCAAAAAUAGCGGUAAUUUUCCAGGUCGAUCACAGGGAUGUAAUAUAAUAUAUGGUAAUUAUUCAGAAUUUUUCUCAAUGAAUCCGAUUUUCUAUGAAUUGUAUACUAGGAAAUGAAAAGGAAAUAUAUUUAAAAUUCACGAAAAAAAGGAAAUAAGGGUGCGGAUGUCAGGAUGAUGUCAGCACCCGGCGAACGCGAAUCGGGCGGAAACAGAGUUUCGCCCGGUGAUUCUUACGUAAGCGAUUACAGACGAUUUAAUUAAUCAAAUUAAGAUCUGUAAAAGCCGGAAGAAUCGUAAUUGAACGAAGUAUAUUUUGGUAAAUUAAAAUCACACAAAGUAUCACUAAAUGAAGCGUAAAUUAAAUUGAAAGCAGGAAAAUAGAGUUCCGGCGUCGCAACGGCGAUACGUCGGCGAUGCACCGGAAUCCUGAGCGUUCGGGAAGAUCUUUCGUGCAGUGUCCACGGCCUCGUAGGCUCUCCUUGGACAAAGACGACGUGGGCAAUCUCUAGAUCUCUUUUCGAAGUCUAGAGAUCAAUGGAAUGGGUCGUCGAGUCGUCUCCGGCGGCUGUCACCCGGCAGAGCGGAAAAACGACGACUUUGCGGCUCUCUAACGGCUGUCACCCGAUGGAGAGGAGUUGGAUGGAGGUGGGGCGUGUGUCAGGGAGCUUCAUCCUUAGGUCCGUGCAGCAAGAGGAGGCUCUUCAUCGCAUCUGGUACGCUCUCAAGAGGUGACGACUCGUCUCUCGGCGGAUUGUCCUCUUCCUGACGAUGGCUUAUUCGUCGAUCAAUCGGAGAUGAUUUACUCGAUGAAUUUGCGAUCCUUUUAUCGCUAAUCGUUCAGCAAUUUUAGUAGCAAUGCUCCGCGAAUCGCGUUGACGAGAUUUUUGCCAAUGAUCCAGUGAUUCUCGUUGCUUAAUCCUUCACCGGCGAUCUGUAGGAAAGUCGCGAUAAUCAGAUAAAAAUAUAUGAAUUUUGACUCUAGGAGGAUUCGAACCCCCGCGGGUUGUCCGCCCCUUCUGAGGAAGGUGUGACGCGGGUUUAGUCCCACAUCGGUUGUGCGCCGAUUUUUCAGGUGAAUAUAUAGUAAUGUUAGCUUUCUAAACAAAGUCCUUUCUCUCACGUGUACGACCACUCCUUGCCCCACAGCCGGCUAGCCACCGGUGACGUGGAAGGGGAGUGGCGCACACGUGCCCCUAUCGGUCCAAGCCGCUCGAGCCCCUGCUUGCGGCUACUCCCCGACUGAGCUUCCAACCUGCUUGUGGGCCCGGCUGGCCGGCGGGUUCCCCCGUCAUUUUGUCUUAUUUUUAUUUCUUUUUCUUCAUUUAUCUCAAAAGUAAGACUGUAAAAAUCAUAUAAAUUCAUGUAAAAUCACAUAAUUACCCAAAAAUUCACAUUAAUCAACUGAAAACCACUUUUCACACUUUAACACAAAUAUAAGUCUAUUUAUCAUGAGUUAAGGCUAAAACUAUAUUAUUUACUAAUUAUUAACUCAUGAUAAUGAAGACUUAUCAGUUCCCUUCUAGUGAGAUAGAAGAGGAGUGAUGCAUACUAGUUAGUGGAACCUUAGUCACUAGAGCCCAGCCCAUGGUUCCACCCAAUCUAGGUCAACUCACUCAAGCGUAGUGGCCUUUAGGUCGAAUAUAAAAUCAUGCCCCUUCGUUUUAACAUUUUUAUUUUCUAUUAUAUUUUACUUUAUUUUCACUUAAGAACAUGAAUAUAAAAAUCAUAAAAAAUCACACAAUUAACCAUAAAUUCACAUUAAUCACUUAAAAACCAUAUUUCUUGAUUUAAGGUCAAUAUAAUUAAUUUAUCAUGAGUUAAUGUAUAAAAUAUAUCAUUAAUUAACUAUUAUCUCAUGAUAAUGGAAACUUAUUAAUAUUAUAAGUGAGAAUUUAUUUAUUAAAUAUUGAGAACUUACAUUAAAUAUUUAACGUGUUCCAUGUGAUAUCGCAUGAGUUAUAUUUAUUGGUUUCAUGAUUCUAUAACUAAUAGUCAAAUCCAAGGUGUUAAUCCUUGAGAUCAAAAGAUUCUUUAUGAUAAGAACACCUCAUUGUUGAUCAAUAUCUAUUAAGGAAUCACCCUUUGAUAAAAUGAUAUACACAGUUAAAUUAGUAUAGGUAACUCAUGAUAAUGAUAUUAUUUUUGUCUAUACAUUUAUACUAAUCUUGAAAUGCAGCAUCUAGUCUCCCUAAAUGUACUUUGAUAGUUUCCUACACUCUCACAAGGAUAAGUUAUUAAAAUAAUUUGAAAAAUAAAAGGCACAAAUAAGUCUAAAUUUAUUAUUUGAAUAGUGAUGUCAUCAUCUUACAUGAAUGAAAAUUCAGCAUGAAGUUGAUUAUUUAGAUUGAUCUUCAAAAAAAUGUUAUUUAUUGUCAAGUAAAAAAUGUUCAAUCCAAAUUUGAAAUUAAAUGGAUGAUAGAAUACAAAUAUUUGAAUCAUGGAAGGGUCAAAGUUUGUUAUUUCAUAUUCUAGAAAAUGACAAGUUUUCAAAUGAGCAUUCUAAAUGUUUGAGACCCUGUCAAAGUAGGAAACUAUUAAAUGAAAAAUGCUAAUAAAGAAGGAGAGGUUUAAAAAAUAGAAUAUGAGUCUCUAGAUGAAUAUCCAAAUGGGAAAUUCAAGUCUUACCUAUUGGACACAUCAAAAAUGAACAUAAAGCCACAUCUUGAUCUUCAUCUAACUUCAACAAAUCAAACAACAUCUGAAUCCAAGAGGAACACUCUCAAUCAGGCUCCAAAGUAAUUCGUGAUAAAGGGAAAGGUUGUUGGGUGAGAACGUGAGGUGUGACAUGACUUAGACAUUGUAUAGUAAAUCACGUAAAUUUAAAAUUUAUAAAACUAAAAAAUACGACUUUUCAGAUAUUUAGAAGUAUUUCUGAAUAAAUAUAUCAAGUAUAAUUCAAUAAAACUUCCAAAAAUAGCGGUAAUUUUUCAGAUCGAUCACAGGGAUGUAAUAUAAUAUCUAGUAAUUAUUCAAAAUUUUCCUCAAAGAAUACUAUUUUCUAUAAACUUUAUACUAAAAAAUGAAAAGGAAAUAUAUUUAAAAUUCACGAAAAAGGGAAAUAAGGGUGCGGACAUCAAGAUGAUGUCAACGCUCGGCAAACGCGAAUUGGGCGGAAAUAGAGUUUUGCCUGGUGAUUCUUACGUAAGUGAUUACAGAUGAUUUAAUUGAUCCAUUUAAGAUUUGUAAAAGCUGGAAGAAUCGUAAUGGAAUGAAGUAUAUCUUGGUAAAUUUAAAAUCAAUAAAUUAUCACCAAAUGAAAUGGAAAUUAAUUUGAAAGUAGGAAAACAAGAUUCCGGCGUUACAACGGCAAUGCGUCGGCGAUGCACUGGAAUCCUGAGCGUUUGAAAGGAUAGUCGUGUAGUGUCCAUAGCCUCGAAGGCUCUCCUUGGACAAGGACAAUGUGGGCAAUCUCUAGAUCUCCUUGCGAAGUCUAGAGAUCAAUGAAAUGGGUCGUCAAAUCAUCUUUGGCGAUUGUCACCCGGCGGAGUAGAAAAAUGACGACUUUGCGGCUCUUUGGCGACUGUCACCCGACGGAGAGGAGCUGGAUGGAGGUGGGGCGCGUGUUAGGGAGCUUCAUCCUCAGGUCCGCGCAGCAAGAGGAGGCUCUUCAUCGCAUCCGGUACGCUCUCAAGAGGUUGCGACUCGUCUCCCGGCGGAUCAUCCUCUUCUCGACGACGGCUUGUUCAUCGAUCAAUCGGAGAUGCUUUAUUCAAUGGAUUCGCGAUCCUUUUAUCGCAAAUCAUUCAAUAAUUUUAGUAACAAUGAUCUGUGAAUCGCAUUGACAAGAUUUUCGCCGAUGAUCUAGUGAUUCUGGUUGCUUAAUCCUUCACCGGCGAUUUGCAGGAAAGUCACGAUAAUCAGAUAAAAAAUAUGAAUUUUGGCUCUAGGAGGAUUCAAACUCGCACCAGUUGCUCGCCCUUUUUGGGGAAGGUGUGACACGGGUUUAGUCCCACAUCACUUGUGCGACGAAGUGUCUAGUGAAAGUAUAGUAAUAUUACAUUUUGUGAUCAAGUCUCUUUCUUGCGCGUGUACGACCACUCCUUCCCCACAGUCGGCUGGCCACCGGUGACAUGGAAGGGGAGUGGCGCACAUGUGCUCCUAUCAGUCCAAGCCGCUCGAGCCCUUACUCGUGGCUACUCCCCGACUGCGCUUCUGACCCGCUUGCGGGCUUAGCUGGCCAGCGGGUCCCCCCUCAUUUUGUCUUAUUUUUAUUUUUAUUUCUUUUUCUUCAUUUAUCUCAAAAGUAAGACUGUAAAAAUCAUAUAAAUUCGUAUAAAAUCAUAUAAUUACCCAAAAAUUCAUGUUAAUCAAUUGAAAACCACUUUUCACAUUUUAACACAAAUAUAAGUCUAUUUAUCAUGAGUUAAGGCUAAAACUAUAUUAUUUACUAAUUAUUAACUCAUGAUAAUGAAGACUUAUCAAGGUGCUAGUAAUCUUUUUUGGCCUUGAAAGGGCAAAGUCUCUAUGGAGAUGAACUUGAAUGGUUGAGUGGCUGAGCUUGUGAACGUCAGCUGAUAUUUCUUAAGGGACAUAAUGAAACACGAUAGGAAGACUCCUCUAAGACUAGAUUGUCAGGUGUGGGAUGAACCAAUAUAAAAAUAUUAGUCUCUAGUGAGAAAAAGUUACAUGCACACACAUGUCAACACAUGUAACAAUAGCCCAUAUAAAUGAUAGGCCAAAAAUAAAAAAUAGUCAAAAACAUUAGCAAUCUAAUUCACACCCUCUCUUAUAGUUUCAUCUAGCCCUAUAGUUCUAAUAAUUUAAUCACAAUUUUUGGAUAUGUUUGAUAUUUAGCUAUUUGAUUGAAUUAUAAUUGCUCAUAUGUCUACUGAAGAUUUUUUUGAUUUGAAUAAAUAUAUUUUAUAAAAUAAUUUUAAAUCAUAUAUAUUAUCAAAUUUAUGAAUUUACAUAUUAAUAUUUUGAGUUAAGAUUUAACUUUAGCAUUAUAAUUUACCUCAUUGUAAAAUUAUUACAUUAUUUCAAGAUGUACCAUUGGUUUUUUUUUGAUAGUAGAUCUUUACCAAACUUUGUAAAAUUGAUAAGUUUUAGAUAUAUAUAUAUAUAUAUAUAUAUAUAUAUAUUUAAUGGUAAUACGCAUGAUGUUUCAUUGGUUAUUCAAACUCUUCGAGGUCAUGUCAUAUUAGUUUUGUAACCGUUUGAAUUUUUAACUAAUUUUAGGAUUGAAACUUUGAUAGAUGACAAAAAGUAGGGGAAAUUAUUGAAUCAAAUAUUUCUGUAAAAUCAACACCUCUCUAGAAACUAAUUAAUUGCAGAAGAUAAUGACUAAUUCCUAUACUCUCUCAAGUUUUAACAAAUAAUUUUUGUAGAGAAGUUUAUACAAAUUUGAGGGUCUUCACGAUAGGUUCAAAGACAAGAAGACUAAGUCAAGGAACCAAAUUUAAGUUAUAUAAGAUAUUCCGAAAUUAUAUUAAAGUAAAAACGCCUACAUUCAACUAGUUUACAAACAAGUUAAUUUUUUUUACCUUUCAACAUUUCAAUCCCAAAAUUAGUUAGAAAUUUUAAUAGGUGUAAGCCACUACAACAUGACCUUUAAUGUUACAAUCAAUGACUAAUCUAUAUAUUCAAAGUUUCUCUGUUUAAACAAGUCCAGCAAGAAUCAAUUAUUGUUGAAACUAAAUUAACAAUAUAUUUCAAAAUAGACUAAUAGAUUCUUCAAAUUACUGAUAAAUAUCAAAUAGACUCAUGCAACUAUGAUCUCCAUAUACACAUUCAAAAGUUUGAUAACUUAGGUGAUCUACAACAAACUUAAGUAAUAUUCAUUGCAGUUGAAAUUCAAUAAAUUAAUUGGAUCAUUCUUUCUAACAAUCAAACUUUCAUAGAUGUCUAUUAUUAUCUCAAAAAUAAUAGUUGGCAUAUACUAGAUAGAAUAUGCAUCCAUGCUCAUAUUUUACUAGAACAACUCUCAAUGAUUGUCAAGAGGUAAUCAUUACUUUGUAAGAAUGAUACUGCAUACCAAUAUUAAAAAUUUGUACAUCAAUAACGAGAUAAAAUUUUUGAGUUGUAAAAUCUACCAAUUUUUUGUGUUAAACAUUUUGGGACUCAAGUCUAGUCCUUGAUUUCUAUUUAUAAAUUCAAACAUUUUUAUUUUCUAUUCUUGCUUUAACUUGUAUUAUAUGAAAUUAAAUUCAUGUAUGAAGGAACACUUAUUCAUAAAUCAAAAAUUAUAAAGAGUAAGCAUGAUUAGAUCCUUUAAAUGGUAUUACUUUUUUUUCUCAUCUUGAAAAUACUUUUCAUUUAAUUCUAAACAAUUUUCCCUUGAAUGUGUAACAUAGUAAUUGCUAUUGUUUUCUUUUUUGUUUUCAAGCCCUCAAGUCACUUGUAAACUUAUGCAGACUUCAAAGAGGGUGUAUGUGGAUGUUUUCCCAUAGGAUGAAGUUUUCCCAUAGGAUGAAGUCCCUUUUUUAUAGGCUUAAUUUGGGGCCAUCCAAUGGUUGUCUACAAGAACUAGAUAUUGGGCCAAUACUUUUUCCACCAGUGUUUGAAGUUAAAACUUUAUUAAAUGUAUGAUAAUAUUCAAAUUUCAUAAAAAUGAAAUUUUUUAUCAGUGUACCAAUUAUUGCAUUGUGUUCUUUCAAAUAUCUUUCCAAAAAGUUUAUCUUCUGUGAAUGUUGUGAUUGGUAAGUAUCUAUGAUUACAAACUUAUAGGAUAAAUUCCUAUAAUAAUUGAUGUGACUUAGUCGUUGUAUAGUAAAUCACGCAAAUUUAAAAUUUAUAAAACUAAAAAAUAUUAAUUUUUAGAUAUUUAGAUAUUUAGAAGUAUUUAUGAAUAAAUAUACUAAUUAUAAUUCAAUAAAACUUCCAAAAAUAGUGAUAAUUUUCCAAAUCGAUCACAUGAAUGUAAUAUAAUAUCGAGUAAUUAAUUAGAAUUUUUCUCAAAGAAUAUAAUUGUCUAUGAAUUUUAUACUAGGAAAUAAAAUAAAAUCUAUUUAAAAUUUAUGAAAAAAGGAAUAAGGGUGCGGAUGUCAAGUUAAGAUCUGUAAAAGUUGAAAGAAUCUUUAUUGAAUAAAGUUUAGCUUAGUUAAUUUAAAUCACACAAAUUAUCACUAAAUGAAGUAGAAGUUAGGUUAAAAGUAGGAAAAUAAAGUUUUGACAUCGUGGCAGCGAUGCACUAGAAUCAUGAGUGUUCAAGAGGGUUGUCGUGCAAUGUCCCUGGCCUCAAACGUUGUCCUUGAAUAAGGAUGAUGUGGGUGAUCUCUAGUUCUCCUUGCAAAGUUUAGAGAUCAAUAAAAUGAGUUGUCAAAUCAUCUCCAGUGGCUGUCACUUGACGGAGUAGAAAAACAGUGACUUUGUGGCUCUCUGGCGACUCUCACCUAACAAAUAGGAGCUGAAUGGAGGUGGAGCGUGUGUCAAGGAGCUUCAUCCUCAGGUCCACAUAACAAAAGGAGGCUCUUCAUCGCAUCUGGUACGCUUUUAGGAGGUGGUGACUUGUCUCGCGGCAGAUCAUCUUCUUCCCGACGACAGCUUGUUCGUCGAUCAAUCGAAGAUGAUUUACUCGAUAGAUUUGUGAUUCUUUUAUUGUGAAUCGUUCAGUAAUUUUAGUAACAAUGCUCCAUGAAUUGUGUUAACGAGAUUUUUGCCGAUGAUCUAGUGAUUUUGGCGGCUUAAUCUUUCACCGACGAUCUGUAGGAAAGUUGUGAUAAUUAGAUAAAAAUAUGAGUUUUGGGUCUAAAAGGAUUCGAACCUGCACCGGUUGCUUGCUUGUAUGAGAGAGAUUAAAAUAAGUACUCUAAUGCCCUUAUCAAGUGACGUCAUUAUGAUAUAUCCCUAUUAUAAAAAAGGGGUAGUUUAGGUAUUCAAAUUUUCAAAGCCUUUCAAGGGAAGGUGUGAUGUGGGUUUAGUCCCACAUCGCUGGUGCACUAAAGUUUUGAACGAAUAUAUAGUAAUAUCAUACUUCUAAGUAAUGAGUCUCUUUUUCGUGCGUGUAUGACCACUCUUUGCCCCACAACUAGUUAACCACCGGUGACGUGGAAAGGGAGUGGCACAGACAUACCCCCAUCUGUCCUAGCCACUCGAGUCCCUACUCGUGGCUUCCCUUGAUUGCACUUCUGACCCACUUGUGGGCCCGGCUGUCCAGUGAGUCCAUCUAUUUUGCUAUAUUUUUAUUUUAAUUUCUUUUUCUUCAUUUAUCUCAAAAAUAAGACUAUAAAAAUCAUAUAAAUUUGUAGAAAAUCACAUAAUUAGUCAAAAAUUCACGUUAACUAACUGAAAACCACUUUUCACAAUUUAACACAAAUAUAAGUCUAUUUAUUAUGAUUUAAGGCUAAAAAUAUAUUAUUUACUAAUUAUUUACUCAUGAUAAUGAAGACUUAUCAAUAAUCCAAUAAGUCUGUAAUUACUAAGUCUGCGAUUACUAAGAAAUAUUUCAUCGUUCCCCAAGUCUGCAAUUACUAAGGUUCAUUUCAUCGUUAAUAUCUUGAGGGGCCCUAGUCAUAAAUUUGUAUUGUAUUCUACAUUGUAUGGUGUUUGAGGGCUCCCCCCUCUAAGUUAGAUGUUGUCAUUAAAAGAGUGCUUCAAAAUAGAACAAAAGAGGAAUAAGUUGUGGAAUAACCAUUUUAAACUUAUUAUCCAAGUCUUAUAUAGUUAACUAGAAGUGACAAGGACUUUUCUUAUCAAAAUGUUUGGGUAAAGGUUGGUUAAUAUGUUGGCUUAAGUGUAGCCAUUUAAGUGAGUUAGAGAUAUUCUAAUGCUUUGUACCAGAAAGGUAAAAGAUAGAAGGAUAUACUAUUUUCAUACAAAGCUCCCCCUUACAAGUUGCUCCCUUCAUAUUCAUAUGGUUUGAUUAUUGCCAAUCCUCUCAUAGUCAUCAACAUUGUAACUUAAUCUUAAAUGAUGGUGACAUGGAAGCCAACUUCUAUGAAACUUUUUUGAUUGGUUUGUUGGUGUACCUUUUCUUGUUGUACUAAAAGAUAGCUAAUUUAAAUACGUAAAAAGCUGAAUUUUACUAAAAAUGAUAUCUGAAUCUAACUAAAGUAUCAACUAGGUCAAUCCUCAAGGAGAAAUAGGAGCUAUGUGUCAACUAGUGUUUUCUUGAUUUAAGAAAAUAAAAAAUGAGAGAAGAAAGGGAUAGAGAUUCUAAUGUUGACGUGACAAUCUGCUAGAACUCAGGUCUGGAAUUGCAAGGUUUAGGACAGCUCCAAAGUUGGGUCCCUUUGGUGCACCUCCAUACAAACACUUCACCAAGGUAAUCAAGAAAAGUCAGUUCCAAAGACAAUGUAUUGCAUUCCAAGGAUUGUUCCACUAACUCCUACUCCUUAGCUACUCUUCAAGUCCAAAGCACUAACCUGCAAAAGUCAAACUAGAUACACAACACUCUACUACUAGAAGGGAAUUAGAACACAGCGUACAAAGUUAGCACUAUAUAUGACUACAACAUAAGACUGACAGAUGUAAAAAGACACCUUCUUUGGCAGUUAUGUCGCCAAUGGAGGAAUGAGUUUUAUUGUAAGAGCUGCUAAAUGAUAUAAACAGUGGGGUGAACACUAAGUCGUGUAACCUUGAAAUAACAUAGUGCAAUUCAAUUGUAAGUAGGCUAUGCAAUAAGUCAGCAAAGAAUAAAGGAGGAUGAAAAAGAGGAGAGAGAAUGAAUAGAAGAAGAGAGGGAUGGAGCUAGAGAAACUCAGCUCCCCCUUUGACAUUGGGGACAGGCAGUCUACUGCAGAGGUUGCCAAAUUAUAUGGUUCGUGCUCUUGCAAUCCAUCCACCUGUCACUUGGAUGAUUAUGAGGGCUGAACUCUAUUAAAGCUGAGGAAGAAGAUAGAGUGCAGAGAGAGGGGUUGGCAUGAGAUUCGUUGUCUGUCAUUUAGCGGUGAAGGAAAAAAAGGUUCGUGGAAGAGAUUGUAAGUAGAGAGAAAAGAGAAAGACAGAGGAAAGAAGCUAAUGAGAAAAUGAGAAGAAAAAAGAGAGUAGGGGAAUAGAAAAUAAAAAACCAAGCGAUAGAGCAGAAAGCGUGGAGUGAGAGAGCAGAAAAAGUGGAGCGAUAGAGAAGAAAGAGUGGAAUGAGAGGGCAGAAAGAGUGGAGUGAGAGGGCAGAAAGAGUGGAGUGAAAUGGCAGAAAAAAUGGAGUGAGAAAGCAAAAGAGUGGAGUGAGAGAGCAGAAAGAGUGGAGCGAUAGAGCAGAAAGAGUGGAGUGAGAGGGCAGAAAGAGUGGAGUGAAAGGGCAGAAAAAGUGGAGUGAGAAAGCAAAAGGGUGGAGUGAGAGAGCAGAAAGAGUGGAGCGAUAGAGCAGAAAGAGUGGAGUGAGAGGGCAGAAAGAGUGGAGUGAGAAAGCAAAAGAGUGGAGUGAGAGAGCAGAAAGAGUGGAGCGAUAGAGCAGAAAGAGUGGAGCGAUAGAGCAGAAAGAGUGGAGUGAGAGGGCAGAAAGAGUGGAGUGAAAGGGCAGAAAAAGUGGAGUGAGAAAGCAAAAGAGUGGAAUGAGAGAGCAGAAAGAGUGGAGCGAUAGAGUAGAAAGAGUGGAGUGAGAGGGCAGAAAGAGUGGAGUGAAAGGGCAGAAAAAGUGGAGUGAGAAAGCAAAAGAGUGGAAUGAGAGAGCAGAAAGAGUGGAGCGAUAGAGCAGAAAGAGUGGAGUGAGAGGGCAGAAAGAGUGGAGUGAGAGGGCAGAAAGAGUGGAGUGAAAGGGCAGAAAAAGUGGAGUGAGAAAGCAAAAGAAUGGAGUGAGAGAGCAGAAAGAGUGGAGCGAUAGAGCAGAAAGAGUGGAGUGAGAGGGCAGAAAGAGUGGAGUGAAAGGGGAGAAAAAGUGGAGUGAGAAAGCAAAAGAGUGGAGUGAGAGAGCAUAAAAAGAGGACAGAUAGAGAGAGGGAGGAGAGAGGGAGGGGACACAGAGAGAGAUGGCAAAGAGAGGGAGUAGACGGAGAGAGAGAGAGGGUAGAGAGAGAGAGCGGACAGAGAGAGAGGGCAGAGAGAAUGGGAGAGGGCAUAGGAAGAGAGGGUAGAGAGGCAAAGCAGAUAGAGAAAGAGGGCAGAGCGUGGAAGUAGAGAGAGGAAAAAGUUGGAGAAUGGGGAGAUUGAAAGGGCAGAUGGGGAGAGCAAAGAGACUGAUUCCAACCUCGAUCUCCUAUUUUUGUGGUCAUAAUCUAUCGAAUAUAAAGAGCUUCCAAAUCAAAAUACGACCGAAUAACUAUUAGUUUUGAAUAAAAAAAUAUGACAAUUACCUUGAUUUUAUGUUACUUUUCACAUAAAUAUAGUGCAUUAUCAUUUUUCUUGAUAAAUUUUCACUGGAUUGUUACAAUGACAUCAAUGCAUAAGUACGAUUUUUGCAUCAAAACCAAUGGUUCGGUAUAUCUCUUUCCUCUCUUUUCUUCUUUUUAUUUAGAGUAUUUAGUUUCAUUAACCCUCUACAAAAUGAAGAUUAGUAAAAAAAAAUUAGUAAUAGACUGAUGAUUUAAGAUUGAAAUAGGUUAUUUUAUAGAUAGUACUGAAGUAAACUGAAGGAGUAAUACAGAUCAUGCUUGUGGCAUAGAGCUGACAGAAAAAGGAAAAUGGGAGAAUACCCAACACCAACAUAUCAACUGAUCAAUACCUGAUUUCUAUUCCUCUAGAUAUGAAGAAAAUCCUGCACCGAGAGCAUUGCAUUACAAAAGAAGAAGUGGUCCUCCACAAAAGUGAGUUUUCUCUGUUAGAGGUUAUCUAUUCAAGGCUAAUACAAUAGUGUAUUAAUAAAUUAGACCCUAUUGAAUUGUGAAAUCUUUAUUUCACAUCUCAUCUACUCAAGUUUCUAGUUAUUAGUUUAGUUCAAAUGUUCAGGCAUUUAGAUUUUUUUAAUCGUAAUAUAACUCACUUCUCAUUAACUAUUCUUAAAAGUCACUAGAUCUUGGGAAUCACAUAAAAACGUUGUAAAAUUUUGAGAAAAAUUUAAAAGCUUAUAGGUCUUUGUUUUAAAUAAUGAAAAAAACUUCAGUAGGUAUCUAUGCUCUAAAUAUCAACAUAUAAAAUGGGAAGAAAAUUAUAUUUCAAUGUGUAAGUGUCAAUGCAUGGGGCUGAAUUUUAAAAAUGAAAGAUUGAAUGAAAUACUGGUGUUAACUUACAAAAAUAAGGGUCUAAAGCUUUAUCAAACUAAAGAUAACUCCAAUAUGGUUGAAAAUCCUGUAAGAAAUUUUUGACAAUGAAAGAUGAUUAAAAUUCGAGUAUUAUUUAUAUGGUAGCUGAUGCAUUUAAGUUCUAGAGUUAUUAUAAGAACGUAUGCAAAAAUCCAAGUUAAUUGUGAUAGUACCCAUUUAUAAGGUCAUCACCAAAAAUCUGAGACUCAAUAAAAAAGUUAAAUUAUUACCUGUUGUGCAGAGUAGAAGGGAGAAAUAUAAGAGUGGGAUUAUCUAAGAUAGAUAGUUGUCCACAUGUAUGGUGAAUAUUAGAUUAAAAAUAAAGCUUGCAAGAAAUAAGCGGCAUAGUUUGAAAAACAAGCUUCUUAGAAAAUUAUUGAGUAUGAAGGGUUCAGGAAAAAAUUGUUAGCUGCACAACUCAUAAGACAUUCUAGCCUAAGCAGAGUUACAGGCUCUCUUUCUAACUGUAGCUCGUUCUAGGCUCAACAAGCAUUUGCAACCUACUUUGAAAUUCUUAUAAGUGAUUUUGCUAUAAUUUCAUUUUGAUCAAGGCUGUUUUAAUCAACACAACUGAAACCCGAACUGUAAUCUCACAUAUCACUUUCAUGUCAUCCAAAUUCUUAAUAAUUCUCUAAACACAAGAUUCUUUCUUGGUUGCUUAAAUUUGAGGAUCAAUCCAUGUAGUAUAUGUAUACCUACUAUUCAUGUUUAGCAUAAGAAACAGAGCUCUGUAGAGUAUUUACGUUCAGCAAGGUGGUACUAUGAGAGAAGGUCUAUUUCAUACUGCCUGUUGACCUCACCUCCUCCACACAUUCAGGUUGCAACUAUUUUGUCACACAAGUUAGCUCUUUAUCAAUGUUAGUCCCGUGGCUAACUCCCAUUAUGUGGCCCCUACCCUUUCUGCUGUUCUCCAUGUACUCAUGGCAUGUUGUCCACAAGCCCAGUGGCCUCUUUAAGACUAGGUCAGUCACCUCUCUAGCACCACCUUACCUCAAACUCAAUUGAAUGUUUUUGUUACUAAUCUGUCAUUAUCGUAAAUAUUUUUAUUUUAAAAAUGUUAUCGCAGCUUGGUAGGAUCCUCAUCCAUGAACUAGCAACAAAAAAACCAAUCGUAAUCCACGCUCUUUCUACCUAGUGACCUCAGAUCCCUUGACAAAUAGUUGAGGACAUUCUUCUUCUAGAAAUGUGAAGGUGUGAAUAUUCUUUCACAACACUGAUUACGGUAGAAGACGUCACGUAAAAGAUGCGAAGAAGCCGUAUUAUCGUCAAUAGGCUAUGCGUGUACCCGUAAAAAAAUAAGGUUUUCCGUAGAGCUAUUUUCGAGUGAAAACAGACAGUUCAGUCGGAUAAUAUUUGAAUCAGUCACCGCAAUGAAAUAUAAUGUUUUUUAUUUUCGUGGAGACCGGGAAGAAUUAUUUAAUGUUACCCGGCACGAAUCCUUUAUUCUGCGGUGGUCGUCCUCCAGCGUAGGGUUCAAACGCCGCAGCCGUCACAGCCGUUGAAGAAUAUCCUCUUUUGAAUGUAAUAGCUCAAUGUUCUAGUCAUUUAAUUAAAAAAACUGUAUCUCCCGAAAAUGGAUUCCUUUUACAAUGUAGGUUUGUAAACACGAAUUCUGUCGUCAUCGUUCUAUUAAACCAUCAUUUUUAUUAAAGGGGAGAACUUUUCAAAAGAACGACCGAUUCAGCGGGUAACAUCAGCGGAAAACGACUCGUUAGUAAGAUAUGAUGCGCUGCUCUAUAAGUUUCAGAACCGUUGUUUUAUUUGUCGUCCUCGGGUACUAGUCCAUCUCCUCUUGAAGAAAAUAGUGAGCUAGAGCCAUGGGAUCCUUCCACCAAAGCUGGCGGCAACUCCUACUCCUGUCUUCCCUCUUCCUGCUUCACUCGCUCACCGCCUACCCGGCUGUCUCCGGAAUUUUCUACACUCUCUGCCCGAACCCCGGAACCUACACUGCCAAUGGCACCUUCGAGGCCAACCUACAUUGUAAAAGAUAGAUGUGAUCUAGAGUCUGGAUUCAGGUUUCCUGAAUGGGGGAUGCGAGCUUUCCCAACGGCCAUCCGUUUUAUGCAGGGAUUAAAAAAGUGUGGUAAAUAGGCACAAUUGCGAACUAAAAUGUAGAGCGAGAGCGAGAGAGAGAGAGAGAGAGAGAGAGAGAGAGAGAGAGAGAGAGAGAGAGAGAGAGAGAGAAUAAGCUACCGACAACGGAGAAGGAAAACGGAAGAGAAGAUCACACACAACAGCGCACACAAGAUUUACAUAAAACCCCAACACAUGGAAAAACUAGAGGGAACGAAUGUCAUCUCAUUUGUCAGAUAAGAGCUUGAUCACUCAGACUCCCAAGCGGUCUACAAGAAAAACGACUCCUACCACGAACGGCUGCCUUCCUCUCAUAACUCAAGCCCCGUCAUGAUAUUAGAUUUGAUACAUGUUGUUCACGGACAUGCAAUCAUCAUACACUCACAAGAAAUCAAGCCACAUGCAAAAGAAUCUCAACCUAGUGCAAUAUGAAUCAGACACCCUUGAUCACAUCUAUCUUAUUUAAAAGGAUGCUAAAAACUUUUUCUUGUUAAACAGAGACUCGUCAUCGAACUGGAUACAGGGCAGUGGUAUCGAUGGGUUAUUAUGUAUCAAGAAAAACGCCAUGAAUACGCUUGGGAACCGUUCAGGCUGCUGAGCCCACGCCCGAGUUCUCUUCGUCUGAGCUUCCAGCAUUAAGCGAAGCCGUCGUCGCGCGGUUCCCCUGGGCGGAGCCGGCCGCUACGUAGCCGCAACGGUCGGGGCAGUAGUGUAGCGUGUCGGCACAAAUGUAAGGCGGCCAGCUGCUAAAGUCAGAUUGGCAACGCUUACAUCCGGGGUUGCAGUAGUUCUCAGUCCGGUCGCCGCAGGUGCACCAAGUAAACCCGCAGAUGCACAAGUCGCAGCACUCCAGCGCGCCGGACGCCCGCCUCCCCGUGCCUUCAGGGCGGGAGACCAGCCAGAGUCAGGCGGGAAAAUGGCAACGAAGUCGACGCAACGGUGGACUCUCACCUGUGCCGGAGAGGUCACCGAAGGGAUCCCGCGCGGCCGCCGGAAUGGCCCAUGAGGCCGUGCAUGCAACCAGCGCCAGCGCUAGCACCAGCGCAGACGGCGUCAGGCUCUUCUUCGCCUCCAUCUCCCCUUUCUCCCUAUGCUCUCGCUAGUAUCUCUGUAUAUCUUGCACUAGAGACCACCUCGUCCCCUGUUUUAUAGUUGGGUACAGGCUGUACCAACUAGUUGUGGACACGUCGAGAGGAUUUAACAGUGGACACGUUGAGAUGAUUGCAUUUACGUUAUGGACGGAAUCCGUGGUAGUUUGGACGAUUGAAUGCUGGUCCGGGUGAUUCCUUAUGUUCAUUGCUUUUCUCAUUGGCAGCGUGGAAUAUGAGAGGCCACUUCAACUGGUGCGCCGAUUUACGUAUAAACAUUUUCAUGAAAAUUUCAUUUAUAAAAUUUAAUAAGACUUUGGGCUGAUUAUUGUUUUUUCCUCAUUAUAUUCCGAGAAUACCCCCGACUAAAAUUUUCAUGCACAAGUGAUCUUUUUCCUUGAAGAGUGUUCGAUUCUGUCCUGGAGUUCAACUAAACCGCCCCUCGCAGUGGAAAUCAUCUUCCCGGUUUCCUUCAGAUAAAACGACGUUUUACUUUAUUAUUGGGCGGACUGAUUCAAACAUUAUCCGACUGAACUUUCUGUUCCCACCCUUAAAGAAAUCUAGGUAAGCCUGAUUUUCUACAUGUACACGCAUAACCUUUUGAGGAUAAUGAAACUUAUUCUCAUCUAAUAUUUUGACGACUCCGGGGUAGUUCCGAUAGUGAAAGGAUAUUCGCACCUUUGUAUUUCUAGGAUAAUAAUAUCCUCUUUUCAUUUGUCUAGGGAUCUGAAGUCACUUGGUAGGAAGAGUGUUGAUUGUAUUUGGUUUGUAUAUAGUGAGUGCAUGGAUGAAGAUCCUACCCAGCUUAAUGCCUACUAUUUGGGAUAAUUAGUAACAUAAUAUAUUUUAAACCAAAAGAGUUACGAUAAUGACUGGUUAGAAACAAAACAUUUAAUCAGAUUUUAGGUUUAAGUGUAAUUUCUUAGCUCGCCUGCGCAAAGCCGGACUAACGCUAGAGAGCUGACUGGCCACGAGGGCGGCAGGCCCACGAUAGUGUCAUGAAUACGUGGAGAACGGGAGAAAGGGUAAGGGCCACGUUCUGGGGUUUGCCAAUAAAGAAACACAGAUGAAGGGAUAUCAUGUGUAACCACCACUUGCAGGAAUUUAGUAUUUAUGGAAUUUAAACACUGGGGUCCUCGAACACUGCAUUUAGAAGACUUUCUUACGAGAAUCCUUUUCGCCUUGUGGGCUACUGCUACGUUGGUGCAUGGGGGACGUGGGACGAAAGGGCUGAAUGACAUAGGCCCCUCUAUAAGAGGACCAGCUCGUCCAUACUGAAUCCUCUGUCCGAUUUGUUUUCAUCCACAGUGAAUAUGAAUCGUAGGUAUACUUCAUGUGCUGGUCGAGUUUAAUGAACGAACAGAGAGAAUGAUGCGUUGACAAGACUAUCUAUGAAUUUUGAUAGCAUGAAAACGAUAUGUGAGAUUACGUUGAGACAUUUACUGUCAUGUAGAUAGGACUACAGCUUGAGAGUGAACUGCACUUAUUUAGGGUUAAAAUGGUAAAAUGAGAUUUGGUGUCGAGUGAAGGGGAACAUUACUUUUGUCAGCACACUGCCUAUUGCACUAUGAGAGUGUCUUUGUAUAUUCCACCGUGUUUUCACUUUAUUGUAUGACGCUUUUGCCUCUAAAGGUGGACCCUAUCCUUCUUCUAUAAACCUGCCGUGCUCACGAUAAAUCAUAGUGAAAACCAUUAAAGACCUUGAAGGAAGGUGAUAAAAAGUUGUUGAGACUGGAAGGUGCUAGGGGUAGAUGGGGAGCUUGUAACUCUUCUCGGGCUAGAACGUUUUAAAGGUUGGGAAGCUAAGAACUUUCUCCUGCACUGUUUCAGUUUUUGGUGCAAGCUUUCAUGACUCAAUGCCAGAUUUAUGAUAUAUGUUGACACCUUUGUAUCCUACCUGUCAGCACUUAUUCUUUUUUCAUUCUACUUUGCACAAUCGGCAGCAAGUUUGGUAUCGACCUUCUCAUUGAAUGCUAUCACAACUAACUCAGGUGUUGACACAUGCUCUUCAAAUAAGUGUGGGCACUUAAUUGCAUGCACUGCCACAUAAUAGCACUCUACGUUUAUUCAUCUGACAGUAUACAGAAAAAGGGUUGAACUCUCAUUGAGAUAGGUUUUAUUUUGAUAAGGUUGUUAACCACUAUCCCUCGUAUGUUAAUAUUUGAAUACUUGUUCAGUCUUUUGAUGUGGUUGCAACCAUUCAGCCUGAUGUAGUGCAUUACACCUUGAAAAUUAAGCAUUUCCCUUUUUACAUGAUUAUAUUUCAUCCCAUAUUUCCACUCCAUGGUGUUUGAUUUCUCAGAAAACAUUAAAAGUUUUAAUUAUUGCUAGAAAAUUCGCAUUUCUAUGUUAUUUCCAACAUCUGGUGGUGUUUAAGGUGCUAACAAUGAAAAGUACACAAAGUGAGGAUUAGAAAAAGGUGAAUAGCUGUACACUUCUGCCAAAUACGGAGAUAAUUGGGACUUUAGCGAGAAGACAAUAUGAAAUAAAGAUGUAACUAGUCAAGCUAAUAAGGGUGAUGAAUACUCUACUGUGUUUAGCUUGAAUAGAUGCCCCCUAACAAGCAAAAGGUCUCUUUUUCCAGGGAGGAUCACCUCAUCUCUAGUAGUGCAGCAGUCUUGGUGUAGUUUUUUCUUCAUGCCUAAAGAAGUGCUGAUUUGCUCAUAUGUGAGCAUAAUAUACAAGUAUAUUUCCCACUUGAUUUUCUGUGUCAACUUGAUGCCAUGAGCAUCUGGUGUAUUUCUCCUUUCAGUGUUUUUUUUACUCUUUAAAAUGAUCCAGGGUACCUACUUGAAUGUUAAAUAAGGAUCUUUAUGUAAAUGCAGCACAAUCAGCUUUGUUAUAGAACGUGCAACAAAAUGAAAUGUAGUCAAUAACAAGAAGAGAAGAGAUACCUAGACCAAAUCAUCAGUUUAACUAAAAAAAUUCGAUAGUUCUCAUUCACAUCAUUGGAAGAUUCGAAUACACAUUUAUCAUGGAAGGCCAAUUUAUUGGGAAAUAUUGAUGGAUUUUUUCUCUCCACACCGCCAUCACUUAAGAGUUAUGUAAAGUACACAUGAAUAUCAGAUGAAAGGGUAUAAACAUCCUAUAUGACCAUAGAACGUAGACCUAGUAAAGUCAAGUUUUGCCUUUGUUAAGGCUUCAUUUGCCUUCAUAUACGUUUAAGCUUAGAAAAUAUACAGUUCAAUCAAAGGUUUUUUAAACAUCUAGAAAGGGAAGACUGUAAGAAUAAUGUUUUUGAUCCUAACACGAAUUCCAUAAAUAGAUAUAAUGGAAAAUUAAACAAGUUAUAUUGGAAUAGACUGAUAGCAAUCAAGAUAUAAAUAUUUACAUCUUGCCUUCAAAGCCUCAAAUGAAUAAAUCAAAUACACAAAGACAUAUGGACAAUAAACUAGGUUAAAGCAAAUCAGAAAAGAAAACUAUGCUCUUUACAUGUGGAAAAAUAUUGAGAAGGAUAAUGCACUUUAUGAAAUAUUGAGUAGGAUACUAUUUGGCCACUAUCAUAGAAAGAGCUUGUGAGAUUAUGCCCCUGUAAAAGGGCAACCGUCAAGUUGAAUGUGACCCACCACCUAAGGUACUCAAACUUGCAUUUUUUCAAUAAGUGAGGAUGAAAAAGUUAUUUUGGUAGAUCACAGUGAGCGUGAUGAGUGAUUGACAUGACUCAAUAAAAAUUGCAUAAUAAAUCACACAAAUUUAAUGUUUAUUAAAAUUCAAAAUAACAAAUUAUAGAUUUUUAAAAAUAUUUCAGAAUAAAUAAAUAAAUUAUAACUCGAUAAAAGGUUUAAAAAAACGAAAACUUUUCAAGUCAAUCAAAAGGAUAUAAGAUAAUAUUUAGUAAUAUUUCCAAAUUUUCUUAAAAAAUAUAAGUUUCUAAAUCAAUAAAGAACUCUAAAAAUGGUGAGAUUUUUCAAAGUUGAUCUUGAGGAUGUACGUCAAUAUCAAGUAAUAUUAUAAAUUUUUUCACAAAGAAUACCAUUUCAUAUGAUUUUUAGACUAAAAGAUCAUAAACAAUCUUUUUUAAAACUAAAAAAAAGGAAAUUGAGCUGCUGACAUCAUGCUAACAUCAUGCUAAGAUCUAUAAAUGUCUAAUAGAUCAUAAGGGAGUAAAGAUGAAUUUCAAAACUUAUAUUAAAAAAACUAUCAUUAAUCUAAAGAUUAAAAAAAUAUAAGUAAAUAAAAUAGAGUUUUAAUGUUAUGACAAUAAUUGUUAGAAUUUUGUAUGUUCAAAAGGUUUUCUAGAGGUGUUCAUAACCUUGAAGGCUCUAUUUAGACAUACAAGUGAUAAUUAUAAAUUAGUAGUUGUAUUUAUGUAGUAAUAUCUUAUAUAUAGAUAGAUGGUAAUUAAUGAGUAGAUAAUACUAUUAUACAUGUGUUACCAACUCAUUAUGACAUUUAUAAUGUUUUAUCAUUUAAGUCUUAAUGUAUAUUAUUUUACUUAUUUUAUUUAUAUUAUGAGAGUAACCCCACUUGACGUUUAUUAAGUCAAGUGAUAAUUCUUUCACAUUUUUUUGAUAAUUAUUUGAUUGCAAAAUUUAAGUGAGUUUUUAGUAUGAGUUAGAAGUAAUGGAAGAAGUCCAAGCCUUCAGCCUAAUAAAAAGCCCAAGUCUUAUGGAGAGGGCUGACCUAAUAUAUUUAUGAGCUCAAGAGAGGAUGUCACUUUGGCCUAGCCCAUUUAAACUUAAAACAGUUAUCAAGAGAUAAGAUCUAGACCAUCCAUCUUAAGGCAUCUUAAGAUGAGAUUAAGAGAAAGAUUAGACUACUGCCCUCAUGAAAUGUUCUCGGCCAUCUACCAAGAGAGUCAGUUAUUAAUCUUAACCAUCCAUUAGAGGGGCUUAACUCUCAAGAGGAUUAAGACAUCUCGCCCCCCUCUUGGAGGGGGCUUUUUGGCCCUCUUUCUAGUAGUGGCUAGUCGAAGGAAACAGGAGGAAAAUCAAGGCUUAAUCAAUGACAUUCUCGUGCCCAAGAUUAUCAUGGAAAAUAAAUUACCUAGAGUGCAUCAAGAUCAUCAUGGAUCAAGCAUCACUUGGCCUAAGACUGGCACACAACGAGAUUUGUGCAAGAUUCUGAUUUGAGGAGUCUUUGUAAUCCUCUCCAUGGAUAGAUUAACUUUUAAUUCAAAUUAAUUUUAUCAUUUGUUCCAUCAUUCUAUUGUAUUAGAUCCAUUCUCUCCUCUUUGUCAUGCUUUUCAUAACUCUUGUCUUCACCCUUUUACAUUUAAUUCCGUCCUUCACAAUCUCACAUAUAUAUAUAUAUAUCUAUAUAAGAAAUAAAAUAAGUAGAAUUCGUACUCUCAUUACUCAUGCUCCUUGAAGAUCGACCCUUACUUAUUCUAAGUAGAAGAGUGAGGUUUAUAAAUAUUAUUUAUAUGAACUUGAUUGUAUCACGACGAUGUAUUCAACCUCCAAUUUGAGUUUAUCAACAAGGCUUGGGCAUUGUCUAUAUUCCUAUGAAAUGUUUAGAAGGUGAAUAAAGGCAUUGAUGAAGUGUCUUCAACAACUAUUACCUUAUGAAGUAGAAGUCGAUGAAAAUGAUCAUUUAGCGACUAUCACCUAAUGGAACUAAGAUUGAUAGAAGUGGAGAGCAUCUUACGGAGCUUCAUCCUCAAGUCCAUGCAGCAAGAUAACUCUCUUAUCGCAAAUGAAACCACUAAAGAGACAAUGACAAAUCUUUUAGCAGAUCCCUCUACCUUUGAUGAUGACUCAUUCAUCUCCUCAUAAAGAAUUGAGGUGAUCUAAUAAUUGCAUACUAAAUCACUCAAAUUUUAAAUUUAUAAAAUUAGAAAAUACUAAAAUUUAGAUUUUUAGAAAUAUUUUAGCACAAAAAAAUUAUUUUUAAUUUAUAACUUUUUUUUAAAUAAGAAAUUUUUUGUAGAUCGAUCAUAGUGAUGUAAGAUAAUAUCAACCAAGAUUUUAAAAUUUUCAUCAAAGAAUACAAUUUUUUAUGAUUUUUAGACUAAAUGAUGAAGAUAAAAUAUAUUGAAAAAUUUGUGAAAAAGGAAAAUUUAGGUGCAAACAUUAGGAUGAUGUCAAUGUAUUGACAAAUGUGAUUUGAAUAGAAAUGGAGUUUUGUCAGACAAUUCUUAUGGAAAUAAUUAUAAAUACUUUAAUUAAUAAAAUUAAGAUUUGUAAAAGCUAGAAUAAUUUUAAUUAAAUGAAGAAUACAUUAGAAACUUGAAAUCACAUAAAAUCUCACUAAUUUAAGUAAAAAUUAAAUUGAAAGUAUGAAAGUCAGAGUUCCAACUUUGUAGUAACUAUUAUCUAAAUUCUAUGUUUAGAAAGAUUAUCAUGUGAUAUCCAUAGCCUAAAAGGCUCUCUUUGAAUAUGAACGAUGUGGGCAAUCUCUAAUUAUUCUUGUAAAGUUUAAAAAUUAAUGAAAUGAGUCAACGAAUCAUCUUCAGCAACUGUCACCCGAUAUAAUAGAAAUACAAUGACUUUCGGAUCUCUAGCUGCUAUCACUCGACAUAGAUAA